AUGGACAACAAGACCUAUUUUGCAAUCUACACUCUGAUGGAACCAAGAGGCUCCAAAUCUUAUCGGCAUAUAUAUUUUACAUGCUUUUUGCUUCUUUAUGCUUUGAUACUGGUAAUGAACAUUUGGCUCAGUGUGGUCAUUGUUUUGGAGAGAGCCCUUCAUGAACCAAUGUACAUUUUUCUGUGCAAUUUAUGUAUAAAUUAUUUAUAUGGAGCAACAGGAUUUUACCCUAAAUUCCUGCAUGAUUUAGUUCUGGAUUCAUAUGUGAUUCCUUCUUUUAUGUGUGGCCUCCAAGCUUUUGUGAUCUACAGUUCAGCUAUGUGUGAGUGUACAACAUUAACAGUGAUGGCAUUUGACAGACAUGUGGCCAUAUGUCAACCUUUGGACUAUCACUCAAAACUGACUAAAAAUACAUGUGGCAUAUUACUUGUAUUCUGUUGGACUGUACCAUUUAUUUGUAUGUUCAUUGGAGUUGUGUUGUUAAAUAGGUUUGCUGUGUGUAAAUAUCAUAUUGACAAAUUAUACUGUGACAGCUGGUCAAUAGUAAAGCUCUCAUGUGAAUCAGUGGUUAUAAAUAACCUCAUGGCAUUGAUUGUUUUAUUAUUUUAUGUUUGUCUUACAGCUCUGAUUAUUGUGUCUUAUAUAAAACUUAUUGUUGCAUGUAAAGCAUCUCUACAAAACAGAAGAAAAUUUUGGCAGACAUGUGUUCCACAUUUAUUUUCAUUGAUAAAUUGUAGUUUUACUGUAUUUUUUGAUUCCAUGUGCAGCAGAUAUGGCUCAAGUGAUGUCCCAGAGAAUGUGUAUGUUGUUUUUGCCUUACUGAUGCUUAUAUUGCCGCCUCUUUUCAAUCCUUUAGUCUAUGUAUUAAAACUCAAAGAGGUACGUAAAAGAAGUUUAAAAUCACGUGUAAAUAUAAUAAAAUAA